AUGCCUCGUCACCUUCCUACUGACUGUUUAAAUGAUAUUUUUGAACAUCUAGAAAAUAAGGAUUUGCGUACAUGCUUGUUAGUAAACAGUCUUUGGAAUGUUAUUUCCGUGCGAAUUUUAUGGAGAACCAUUCAAAAUUUCAAUACUUUAAUCGCUUGUCUUCCUAAUGAUUCCAAAGAGAUCUUACAAGCGAAUGAAAUCAUCAUUUCAACAUCAAGACCACCAUUAUUUAACUACAUAACAUUUAUCAACUGUCUUUCGGUUAAUGAUGUUGGUGAAGCAAUUGAAAAUUUCCUUGGAUAUCGUCAACUUAUUACCCCACAAUGGGUCGAUAAAAAUAAAAUCAUGGUAAUGACACGAGAAAUAUUUAAAAUGCUUAUGAAUCAAAUCUCUUUGAAAAGUUUAUCCUUUUAUUCCGGUUCCGUUUCAAUCUCCACCUAUCCUGGGGCGGUGGAAUGCUUAAGGAAUCUCUCGGAAUUUACAUGUAGUUCAAAUAUCUCUUCCGAAUUCUUUCAUCAGUUAUCUCGAAUAUGUCACAACCUCCAAUCGUUAAAGAUAACUUUUGAGAGAUCCAUCUCAAAUGGAUUGACCGACUUGAUCACCGUUCAAAAAAAUUUAAGGCAUUUUGACGUGUUAAAAAAAUAUUUUGACGAGGAUUUAGAUUUAACUCGAUCGCUAACAAGACUUCCUAAUACGUUAACAAAGUUGCACAUUGACGGAGAUUACCUACCAUUGUCAACUAUCAUCCACAAGCUCACAAAUUUACAAGAACUUGUCUUAUCAUGUGAUAACGAGGACUUUGAAGGUAUUCAACACCUUGAACUUCCACAUUUGCAAAUCUUGGAAUUUAAACGUAAAUAUCCUAAUUCUAAAUACUUGAUCAAAUUCUUGGAAAAAAAUGGAAAGAAUUUAAAAGUAAUCGACCUUGGCAAGCUUGGGAAUGGUUCAUUACAUUUUACCAUAUCCAAAUUUUGUCCAAAUCUGAAGUCGUUAAUCACCAUGAUUAAUAGGUUGGAACCAUUAAAAGAUGUUUUGAAUAAUUGUCAACAAUUAGAGAGCAUUGACAUCUUUUGUGGUUAUCAUGGCAGUUUAUCCGAGAGAUUAUUAUUAAAGACCAUCGUAGAUUGUUCACCUGAAAGGUUUCAUGAAUUAAAAUUAGAUUUUGGUCAUUACAUUUUUCCGGAACCUCCAUCUCAUUGGGGGUUAAUGUCUAUUUUUGAAAGGUGGGCGAAUCGUGUACCGUGUAUCCCUCUCACUUUGACUAUUAUUACGAAUUUAUAUGAUUCGGAAGUAGAUGUAGAAGUUAACGAAAUCAUCGAGAAGUAUAAAAAGUUGGGUGUUAUUAAAGAAUGCAAAAUCAAUAAUGUUUAUUUUGUACGAAGUGGAUGUCAUUAA